AUGUCUGCCCCAUUCUCUGAAAUCCAGCCAAUUUACUCAAAGUACCCACCACCUGCUUCUCCCAAAUUCCAGUAUGGGACGGCCGGUUUCAGGAUGCUUGCAUCAAAACUGGACUCUGUCAUGGUGGCAGUGGCCACCCUCUCGGUGAUCCGCUCCUUCUCCCUUCAGGGGAAAACAGUCGGUGUAAUGAUCACUGCAUCCCACAACCCGCCUCAAGAUAACGGCGUCAAAGUUGUGGACCCAUUUGGUGAUAUGUUGCCACAGGAUUGGGAACCUUUAGCUACAAGUUUAGCUAAUUGUACCAACUUCGACGAGUUUGAAAGCAUACUCAACCCUUUGUGGAAGAAAUACAACCCCAAUGGCAAGAAUAAGGCCAAUAUCGUUAUAGCGAGGGAUACAAGAGAGAGCGGCAGUCAUUUGCUAGAUAUUUGUACCCAGUUGUUUGAGUCAAUACCUGAGUUUGUCAAUUGUACAAAUUUUGGUGUCUUAACCACUCCCCAACUACAUUACAUUACCAGGGCUUUUAACGACCCAUCCUUUGGCGAACCUACCGAAGAGGGGUACUAUAAGAAAUUGAAUGAAUCUUUGCUUAGAUUGUUGGAAAUUAAUGAAUUGAACGCUUCGGACCUUACUAAUGUGGUGGUUGAUUGUGCAAAUGGGGUUGGUGCUCUCAAGCUCGAGCAAUUCUUGGAAAAAUCAGCAGUUGCUAGCAAGUUUAAAGUGGUCAAUGAUAACACAGAGGAUCCACAGCAACUCAACGUUAAAUGUGGUGCAGACUACGUCAAGACAAACCAACGGUUGCCUGCCAACAUUAGUGAAGCAGUUGCAUCCGCUCCUAACACCCUAUGCGCAUCAUUUGAUGGUGACGCAGAUAGGCUUGUUUGCUAUUACCAAGGUGACGGAUUCGUGCUCUUCGAUGGCGACAAGAUAGCGAUUUUAUUAUCAAGUAUGAUUUCAAAAUUGUUAUCUCAGUUAUCUGUCGAUUUGAAAGUGGGUAUAAUUCAAACGGCAUAUGCCAACGGCGCUUCUACUUCUUAUAUCGUAGAAGAACUCGGAUUACCUUCCAUUUGUGCCAAAACCGGUGUCAAGCAUUUGCACCAUGAAGCUCUCAAAUUUGAUAUCGGUAUCUAUUUUGAAGCAAAUGGUCAUGGUACAGUCUUGUUUAGCGAUAAUUUCAGAGACAAGAUUUCAAAGAUCAACCAUCCUGCGGCAGAAUCACUGCUAUUGUUGAACGACUUAAUCAACCAAACUGUAGGUGACGCCUUGAGUGAUUUACUAGCAGUUGUGGCUUCGUUGUGUAUUCUAAAGCAAUCCAACAACGACUGGUCUAGAACAUACAAAGACCUCCCUAAUAAACUAGCAAAAGUCGUUGUUAAAGAUAGAAAUGCCUUUGUCACUACAGAUGCAGAGAGAAGGUUGAUUGAGCCAAAUGCCAUCCAACCGAAAAUAGACCAACUUGUCAGUACGGUAAAAUUAGGAAGAUCUUUUGUUAGACCCAGUGGCACUGAGGAUGCCGUCCGUGUCUAUGCUGAGGCGUCAACAAUUGAAGAAUGUGAGUACUUGACUAACGCCGUUGUCAAACUCGUUGCGGAAUACUCGUGA